AUGCGUCUCUCACUCAUUCCUGCGCUGUUUGGCGUCCUCGCCGCCGCUGUGCCUACCGAGGAGCAGGCGGCAUCGCACCGCGAGGACAAGCGCCAGCUCGGCUCUCUCUUGGGCAUUUUCAACCGCGAUGCGACCUUUGACUACGUCAUCAUCGGCGGCGGCACAGCAGGCCUGACACUGGCGAACCGGCUCAGCGCCAACCGCGACAUCACCGUGGCCGUCGUCGAGGCCGGCUCGUUCUACCAGAUCACCAACCCGGCGCUCGGCCAGACGCCGGCCGGCGACACCAUCUUCGCGGGCUCGAGCCCCUCGGACACGAACCCGCUCGUCGACUGGAACUUUGUCACGGAGCCGCAGGCCGGGGCCGGCAACCGCAAGAUCCACUACGCCCGCGGCAAGUGUCUCGGCGGCAGCUCGGCGCGCAACUUCAUGGUCUACCAGCGCGGCACCAAGCAGUCGUACCAGAAGUGGGCCGACGCCGUGGGCGACGACAGCUACACGUGGGACGCGCUGCAGCCGCACUUUCGGCGGUCGGCGCGGCUGACGGCGCCGGCGGCAUCGCGCUUCGCCAACGCGUCGGCCGAGUAUGACGCCGCCGCCUUCUCGCCGGCCGGCGGGCCGCUGCAGGUGUCGUACGCCAACUACGCGCAGCCCUUCAGCACGUGGCUCGAGCCGGCGCUCAACGAGAUUGGCGUCGCCGACGCCGACGACUUCAACUCGGGGCGCGCUCCUGGGCGCGCAGUACUGCGCCAGCACCAUCGACCCCAAGACGCAGACGCGCGACUCGUCGCAGACGUCGUUCCUGCGCGACGCCCAAGGGCCGGUCGAACCUCAAGGUCUACACGGCGACGCUGGCGCGCAAGAUUGUCUUUGACGGCGCCAAGCGCGCCACGGGCGUCGUCGUCUCGUCGGCCCUCGCCCUCGGCCAGUACACGCUCAGGGCGCGCCAGGAGGUCAUCCUGUCGGCGGGCGCCUUCCAGUCGCCGCAGCUGCUCAUGGUCUCGGGCGUGGGCCCGCGCGCGCAGCUGUCCAGGUUCGGCAUCCCCGUCGUCGCCGACCGGCCGGGCGUCGGGCAGACGAUGGAGGACCACGUCUUCUUCGGGCCGACGCACCGUGUCAACGUGCAGACGCUGA